GGCCCACUUGCUUUACCUUCCAGCGUUCUUUCCCUCCUCACAGGAAGAUAGCGGCAGGUCAGAAGCGUUGUCAACAUGGCCAAAUCAGCUAGAGCCUCUAACACCAAACGAAACCGCCGAAAUCUUCGUGCCAAAGUCUUUGGCCCGGCUCACGAUGCUCGAUUAGAAAGACUGUCUGCAAAAUUACAAGAGGUGGCAUCAAAGCCCAGUGUGACCGAAGAGAAGGCUAUGGAGGUGGAUGACACAACUCAGCAAGCAGAAGAACAGCCGACACAAGAUGGUGCAGAAGAAAUGGAAAUUGAUGCUGAAGGAGUCACCUUGAAGCCUGUCAAGACUCGAUCAGACAAGAACCGCUCCGGCCGAAAAGAACACCGGGUUUCCAAGAAGAAGGAGAGAAAUAUGAUGGUGUUUGCUUCAGAAAGAGCCAGGAAAGCGAAAAUGGCAUCCAAGAAGAAGAGAAAGUGAAGUAGAGACUAAGAGGCCACAUCUCGAAACACUUCAUAAUGAUGGUCCAAUUGCUCUUGCUCGACGUUGUGUGUCGAAUGAGCGAAUCUGCCCUCUGCAGGCGACGGAAGAAAUAACGACGAUGAUGCCAGAUCAAUCUGAACCAAACCUCCUUGUUCGUCACAUUAAUACACCAAGCAGUCUAGCUGGGGCUUUUCCCAGACGAAGCAGCAUGGAUCAGCGGUGAUCUUCACGUCCGAUCCAUGUCCAUGGCAAUUUCACCUGCGGCGACCGUGCUUGGGCUGGAAGUACUAUGAGCUAUCUCGAUUGCUCACAAGAAAUCCUGUCACGCCUAACACGAGCUCCUUUGUCACAACAGCGACAUCCUCAUGUCGUUCUGGUCCCGCCAAUCCGCUCCUGGAGGAUGUCAGGCUCAAACGAGAUCUGUCCCACACCGUUGCCGAAUUGACCGGAUCUUGUACCUUGGUCUGGUCUGUUUCUCAGCGUCUGCAGGCGAGAGUGAAGAGAUGGCAGCGCAGGCCUCUAUGGCAAUCUCGAGCUAGGAAUACGGUGGACGUCAUGCUAGGACGAGGUUCCCAGCAUCAAAAAGAUUCGGAGUGCCUGGGUAAUUUGGCGUUCUCCCGGGUCUUCUUCCCAUCAUAGAACUUGAUGCAAGGUGAAUGAAUUGACGGAGAAUAACAACAUGAACUGCAGACAAGAAUACUAGUAGUCAAUAGUGGACAGAAAGCAAAGUACUGUACCAG